AUGCUAUCGCCCGGUGAGGAACGCGCCAUCCACCUGGCCACCGAGGCCAUCGAGCUGUUCGACGCAGGUCACCGCGAGGCCGCUUCACGAAACCUCCGAGAAGCCCUCUCUCUAGCUCCGCACCAUCCGGAGGUGACAGGAACCCUCCUCAAAGUCCAGAAAGACGAAACCCAGGGUCACCACCUUCUUGACCUCUGUCGCAAAUACACUGCCAAUAAAGAUGAAUCCGCUGGCAAAGACGCCUCCCUCUACCUACGAACUGACGGCCUCAAGCCCCCCGAGGAAGUGGCCUUACAAUGCCUAAUGCUGCUGCUGGCCGAGCGGCCCCACGCUUUGACCACAACGCAAGAUGAUCUCAUUUCCAGCCUCGUGCGUCAAAACACCAGCGUUCGACAGUUUUUUUCCAAUCGCCUGCAGGUCUCCGUAACCACGUUCUUCGACGAGAUCUACGAUCGUGGUGAUGGAGCUGCCGUGUGUCUAGAUACCGUUGUUUUAGACCCCUCCGUGUGGCCUUCGGAAAAGGACCGCUACCAUUGCGAAUGCGAACUGUUCCUCCUGUUUAUCGCCAAGCUCAUGGAGUCCGGCCAUGACCUGGAUGGUCGUUCUCUGAAGGGAAUUGCGCGUCUGCUGGCGGUUGACGCGGAGAAGCUACAACACUUGGUCGACGAUGAGGGGCUAGAGGUGAUCUUGUCCUCACUGGACAGCCGUCUUCCAGCAGAAUGGAGGGGCCAAGCUACGCUGGCGACGGUCAAGUACCUCCAAGUCGCCAAGCAGGCCGGUGAGGAGAGAUUCUCUCGUCUCAUCGCACACAAAAUCACCAAAGCCCGCAAUGAUGAUAUUGUUGUGGCCUUUUCCGCGGCGGUCGCCGUAUUCCCAGUGUCUCCGAACGCAGCCGCGUCCCUUUUCUUGUCCGACGAGUUUAUGAAAGCCUUGAUGCCGCUGGCCUCGAGAAGCUCCAAGAAUCGCAAUGUGGAAGUUGCUCUUCUGGAGUUGCUGAACGCGGCCUGUGUGAGCACCGCUUGUCGGGAGACCAUUUCGAAACGAUUCUCCGACUGGCUUUCGCACGUUCUUACCAAUGGCAGCGAUGAGACCUCUGACCUGGCUGCCGUGAUUCUGGCCAAGAUCCGCACGUCCGAGACAACGAACGGAGCCGGUGCGGUAGCAUCCCAAACCAAUGGUAAGGUUCAGGAGGAAGACAGCGUGCCAGAACUCGUACAUCGAUUCAAGGAACUGAUGUCGCAACGAAAGGUCGAGCAUGUGCCCCAUGCCAUUGAAGGGCUGGCUUUUUCGUCGGUGAAGCCCGACGUGAAAGAGCAACUUGCUGAGGACCGCUCUUUUUUGAAAGAUCUCAUUCAGAUCUUACGGCCUCACGCUACGAACUCGUCUCCUACCUCCGCGUCCUCCGUGCUUUAUGGAGGCUUGACGAUUAUCCAACAUCUCACGCAAUUCUUACCCAACCUUUCCGAAGAGCAGAAAAAAAUGGCGCAGUUGAAGGCCUAUGCCAACGCGAAGACCGGAGAAGCACGGUCGGGUCCUGAUCCGCGCCAGCAGGACGAGGCCGUUCUCUCUCGCUGCCGGGCCAUCGUCGAGGCAGGUGCCAUGCCGCUUCUCGUGGAUUGCGCCAAAACCAAUCUUUCUUCGAUCCAGUCUCUUGUCUGUCAGAUUUUGAUGUCCCUGGCUCGGGAUCGCUCAUCUCGGGGUUCCUUGGCCCAGCAAGGUGCGGUCAAAGUAUUGAUCAACAUGGCGGCCCCGCAACAGGGGAAUGCGGGCGCUGAGACUAGUUACUACGCGUCUCAUGCUCUAGCUCGAAUUUUGAUUUCCGUCAACCCGGCCCUCGUUUUUCCCUCCUCCGGUUUUCCUUCGGUGACAUCUGCGGUGCGACCAUUGGUGUCGCUGCUGUCAUCUCCGGAGACAGCCGUGUUCACUGCGGAUCAGCCGCGCGAUCUGCUGCCAGUGUUUGAAGGGUUGUUGGCUCUCACCAACCUGGCCUCAUACCCGGAUGAGUCAGCACCUGAGACGAUUGUUCGACAAGGGUGGACGGUGCUGGAAGAUUUGCUGCUGUCAGGUCACACGUGGAUCCAGCGUGCGGCGUGCGAGUUGGUGUGUAAUUUGAUGGCAUGUGAAGCCGGCGUGAUGCAAUAUGCAGAUGGCUCGAAACAGGCUGCCAAACGGCUGCAUGUACUGCUGGCGCUGACGGACGUGGAUGAUACAGCGACUAGGAAAGCAGCAGGAGGAGCACUGGCCAUGCUGACCGAGUUUGAAUCUGCAAUUACAGCGGUGCUGGACCGACCACGCGGGGUCGAGUUGUUAUUGUCACUCUGCCAGGAUUCAGAUGCAGAGCUGCAACAUCGGGGGGUGGCCUGCAUACGGAACCUGACUAGUCUGGCGGCAGGAAAUACGGGAGUCCGUGCACGCAAAGUUGUCAAGGACCAACAAGGCGUUGAGACGCUGGCAGGCGUGUUGAAGCGGACGUCGAAUCCGGCGGUACUGCAGACGGGGGUGGAGGCGUUGAAGCCGAUUAUGCAGUGA